AUGGCUUCUCAUGACGAAAUGUGGCGACCAGCUGUAGGCACAACUUGGCAAAUCAUCCUCUCAGCCCCCAUCAAGCUAGGGAACACAUCACUCACGAUAACCCCAAACGUCCAAGUUUUCGACAUCGACCUCUUUGAGAAUCCCAAAUCCACAAUAGAAGCUAUUCAUAGAUUAGGAAAGAGAGCGAUAGCGUAUUUCAGUGCCGGAUCAUACGAGCCAGAUCGUCCAGAUUCAGCAGACUUCAGAUCCAGCGAUCUGGGGAAGAAGAUGGAUGGAUGGCCGAAAGAGAAGUGGGUGGAUAUCAGGAGUCAAGAUAUAAGGAAUAUCAUGGGCAGAAGGAUUGAACUUGCUGCGCAAAAGGGUUUUGAUGGAAUAGAUCCUGAUAAUAUCGAUGGAUAUGAUAAUAAGAAUGGUCUUGGGCUCUCCAAAGCAGACUCGGUUGACUUUAUGCGGUUCCUAGCUGCCAAAGCGCAUGAGCUCAAUUUAUCAAUUGGUCUCAAGAACGGUGGCGAUAUCAUUCCUGCCGUCUUGCCCUUUGUGGACUUUUCAGUCAACGAGCAAUGCGUUCAAUAUGAUGAAGUGGAAUCAUUUUCUGUUUUUAUCCAGGCUGGAAAGCCGGUCUUCCAUAUCGAGUAUCCGGAAGAGAUGAAGUCCAAGAACAUCAAGCAUCUCCGAGCUAAAACUGGUAUUGCGCUGGGUGCGGUGGAUUUCAGCACUGUGUUGAAGAAGAUGGAUCUUGAUGGUUGGGUGGAGUUUUGUGAUGGACGGACUGCGACCACAGAGAUUGAUUUGUCGUAA